AUGCUCGCCGUGCCUCUCGCGUCGACCUCAAGCAACAGCCAUGAAUUGUUUGCGCAAAGGCUCACUGAAAUGACUCCGAACGUUCCACUAGUUCUCGAUGACGAUGGAAGCUACUACUUUGCAAUGAAAGGACAUGCCAGACCUCGUCCUUCACUUCAAGACCAACGUGGACUCGUCUUUCAACCGAUAAGACUCGAAGAAGGCCGCGGAAGCGAUGGCACCGGUAUUAUCAAUAUUUUUGGCCUCACCGAGCACGGAAGCACAGUCAUGGUAUCUGUUCGUGAUUACCAUCAAUGGUUCUACAUGCCCCAUCCCGAAGGCUUCAAGGUCAAGCAAGCGCCGGCUUGGCGGGAUAAGCUUAAUGUGAGAAGGUUCCCGGGUCCCUAUCUGAAACUGGUUGGAAAGGAUAACGUCGUUGCAAAAAUCCUACCGUUGACGGAGGCACUCAAAGUCUACGUUGCUUUACCUGAUGAACUGGAUAACCUGAAAAAUAAGUCUCCACAUAACGGAUCCUUCCCUGACAACCCUCGCCUUACCCUCUUCCCACAGAUGCUUGUUAGCACGGGGACUGUCUCAGAAACCACGGAAGGGAACGACAAGUACCUUGCGGCUUUCAUGCGCGAAAAGAAAGUUCAAGUGAUGAAUUGGCUGUCACUCUCGUCAGGGACCUACCGGGUAGUUCCAGAUGACUCUAGGGUUUCAACUUGUCAGCUCGAAGUAACCGCUAGCGGGAGGAAUAUCGUGCUUCUUGCUAGCAGUCGUACCGAGCUUGUCACCCAACGACUUCCGGAAAUUGCUCCUCUCCGCGUCCUCAGCUUUGAUGUUGAAACCAUGGUUUUCCGCCCCACACCACCAGCCACAAGAGCGCCUUUCCCACAUCCCACCACCUCCGAAGUGCUCCAAAUCUCAAACAUAAUCAGUCGAAGAUAUGGAAAAGACCAGUCAAUGGAACUUUCCUCUAGGGUUAUCUUCACUCUGGGAAAGUGUGCUGCCAUAAGUGGAGCUCAGGUGUUCUGGUUCGACACGGAGGAAGAGUUGCUGCUAAGUUGGCACCAAUUUGUCAAGAGCAUUGACCCCGACGUCAUCACGGGAUACAAUAUGGGAAGAUUCGACUUGCCGUUUCUAUUAGCCCGGGCCAAAAUUCUCGGGAUACAAGAUACUUUCGGAAGACUAGGGAGACUUGAAGGUGGGAUGCUCCUUCUUUCCGCCGAGUCGUGGAGCUUCAUGCGUGUAUGCGUCCCAGAUCCUUGCCUCCACUUCUCGCCUUGGGAUGCGAAUGCCCCUCAAAACGAAUGGAAGGAUAUGCCAAUCGUACCAGGGCGAAUCACCUUUGACGCGUCCAACUACAUCGCCCGAAAUAAGUUUGCGCUCGGCCUUGCAUCUGCAAGGCUCGGGGACGUGGCAUUGCAGUUACUAGGUGAAGCUAAGCUAGAUCUAUGCUUUGAAUUGGUACAAGACUAUCAGGAAGGUGGUCCUGAGACGCGCAGGCGGAUGGCCUUGUACUGUUUGAAGGAUGCAUACCUUGUGCAAAGGCUUUUGGACGUGCAUUCAUGUCUGAGGAAUGACCUCGCCUUGGCUCGAGGCAACUCGGUUACGGUGGAGGAAUUGGCAACGCGGAACGGCAACAGAAAUGCGCAUUAG